AAUCAACUAUUUUGGUCAGAACACCACCAAUAUUGAGUUUGUUACCUCCACCUCCGAACAAUGAGGUGGAUCAUUCCGUUUACCGUAGCCGGCCUCGCAGCCGUUGGGUCCGCAGACCCUGAAGUUUUUGAUUUGGGGAAAUUGGAUCAGUACAUGUCUAAAGAGGGAGAGGCUGGCACUUUGAGCGGGAAUACCAUCUGGCUCUCUGGCACCGACGAAGAUGAGAACCUCCGCAUGACCGUUUCCGACGACGUAAAGGCGAAGAUUCAAGGUGUACUAGAGGGCUGUGGCCAGCUAGACGACAAAUGUUAUCACGAAGUCCGCCAAGUGCUUCGAUCGGCCAACGUCGAAGUGAAUAAAAAGUUGGAAGCCCGACAUUUCGGUCACUUGCUCUCGAAGACGUUCAAAACAGGUGCUGGCGUCUUCCUUUCCUUCGCAGAUUACCUAUACACGUCGUGGUGGGCCCGUUAUAAUGAUUUCAACAACGUCUCACCCAAUUUUAUCAUACCGAAGCCGAAAGCCAGUGAGGUUGAAAAGGUAGCCUCUGCCACUGAAGUAGUCGUCUCGGCGGAAGGGGCAUCUGUCGCUAAAAUCACACCGACGCCGGAUCCGACAUCAGCUCAAGGACCAGUUCCAUCUGUCACCUCUGUGACAACUGCGCAUGAUGAGUACAAACAAGGAGAUCUAGACUUCAUGAUGGACGAGGGCCUUGCCGGUCGAAUGCAGGAGAUUAUGGCGCGCAGCAAAGAUUGCGAGGAUGGUUCCAAAUUCGAUCGAGAGCAUCCUUCAAAGAGACGCGCUUCCUCAAGACUCGGUAAGGCGAUAUGCGCAUAUCGUGCUGUCACGAUCAACAUGGGCACCACUUUGAGAGACCUUACCUACACAAAUUUUGAUGGUUUGGUUGUUAAGUUUGCAGGGGUGACCGAGCAGGAUAUUGCCGCCUGGGAGUACGUUCAAGGAAUAACGGAGGACUUCGCAGCGAUAUACCAACUGCAGCGCGACCGCGCUAUUGCCCUAGGUGCAACCAUCUUCGUCGCCGCAUUAGGGGCGGUUGAGGAUACCCCUAUUGACUCGAACAACAAGAUUGCGGCCGACCUUAUCCAGGUCAGUAAAACACAAACUGGAUCGCAGACUUCGACGUCUGGCUGUCCAGAUCCGGAAAAAACUCCACUGCUGUGUGCAUGGGGAGGAGAUGAAGAAAAUGAUCACUGCGAUGUGGUUAUGCCUAGCGAAGAGGGCGGUGAGGCCAAGUGCAGUCCGGACGGAGAAUUCGCCGACUGCCCCUGCAACACGCCCGCUGGUGUUGUCGCCGACUACGCCGACGAGACUGAGCAGACCGCCGUUAAAAAGUUCACUGAGCUUUACAAACAGAUUACCAUCCCAGAGCCGAAACCGGAACCGCAACCCGAACCGCCUAAGGGACCAACAAAAGCGCUUACUAUUAUUGCCGACUGGCCCCCGUGGAAUUUGCAAACUAUGCGAGACGGAAGCGCCAAUAAAGUCUGGUGGAAUUUCUUCGCUACUGACUACGGCAAGACAAUCGACUGUCGCAACGAUCCAGCUCGCUAUGAUGCAGUAAACCUCGACCGAAUAGCUUUAGCCAAAUCCAAGAAGCUGGUAUAUCCAGGCGGCGAAUUUCCGAUGAAGUUAUUUGACCAAGACUGUACAUACAAGAACUCUGGGGACAAUGUUGGAAAGCUCUUUUGUGGAGACAAAGCUAUUGAAUGUUUCUGGGACCCGAAUAAUACGCCCAGGGAGGGAGAAAGAGAGCCUAGGCCUGAAGACAUGAAACAGUACCCCUGCCCUGGCAAGGACGGUUGGUUACGUCAUGCCGUAUUUACUUGUCCUUGGUAGUGAUUGCGGGGAUUGCGAGCUGCCGAUGGGGAUUUCGAUCAGCCUGUUAUCAGUAAACGACUACAUGCAUACGUUGCUUUUUUAUGCUAUAGACUAGCUAGUUGAUACUUCCCAUAUAUUAGCGGGCCGCGUUUAAAUAUGUAGCUUGUUCCUCUUUAUUAUAAUCGCACAUAUACUUAUGUGAGGGCACCUCGGCACAAGAUUGAGAGCAGAGGGUGGAUUGCGCCAGUGUACACAAGAUAGAGUCUGCCGUGCAGAGGAUGCAGCGCGGCAGACUCGUAGUGUAGAUUGGGUCGGAGAACAUCGAGGUCCAAUCGAGGUGACGUGUUAUAUACUCACCUUGGCACACAGUCAUCUGGAGUCU